AUGGAGCCCGCCUCAGCCCAUGCCCGCAGAGGGUGCAUCCCCUGGAACGGGCUCCUGCUGGCAGUCUCACUCGUAACCUUCUGGAACCUACCCACCACUGCCCACCUCACUUUUGAAUCAGUGCCCUUCAAUGCUGCAGAAGGGACGGAUGUUCUUUUACUUGUCCACAAUGUGACAGGGGAUCUUCUAGGCUAUGCCUGGUACAGAGGAGAAAGGGUAGAGAAUAACCAACUAAUUGCAUCAUGUAGAGUGUACACUCAAGUAAAUACACCAGGGCCUGCACACAGCGGUCGAGGGACAAUAUACCCCAAUGGAUCCUUGCUGAUCCAGAACGUCACCCAGAACGACACAGGAUACUACACCCUGCUGGCCACAAGGAAUGAUUUACAGACUGAACGACUAGCUGGACAACUCCACGUAUACCCGGUGUUACCCACACCCGUCAUCACCAGCAGCAACUUCAACCCCAAGGAGCAGGAGGACACUGUAGUGUUAACAUGUGGCCCUGAGACUCCGAACACCUCCCACAUGUGGCGGAUCAACAAUCAGAGCCUCCCCAACAGCACCAGGCUGGAACUGUCUGAGGACAACAGGACUCUCACUUUACUCCAUGUCACAAGGAAUGACACAGGACCCUAUGUGUGUGAAACUCGGAACCCAGUGAGUGUCAGCCACAGUGACCCAUUCACCCUGAAUGUUUUCUGGCGAGAAAACGGCCCAGCCCUCAGUAUGGAGGUCCUUACUGUCAUCGCGAUUGGGGUCCUGGUUAGGGUGGCACUGGUGGCCGCUCGGGUUUUUGUUUUCCUCACGAGGUCUAGAAGGGCCAGUGGCCAGAAUGACCUCAGAGAACACCAGCUCCCAGCAACCACACUGGGACAUGGUCCCUCUGGCAGCUGUGUCUCCCCGGCCUUCCUACCCAGCCCCAGGCCAGCUGUUCCCAUCUGUGAGGAAUUACUACACCCCGACACAGAUAUUUACUGCCAGAUCAACCACAAAGCAGAUGUGGUUUCUUAG